AUGGCAUCUAAACUACAACUCCCACCUCUAAAUUUUGAGUCUAGGGGCUCGUUGACUGCCGAUUUGAAAGCCGAUUUCCACAUCCCCGACUCUCCUCCCCAUUCACGCCCGGGAUCCCCGUCAAGAUAUCAAAAUGUUACCGAUGCUACUAACGACAGCUCUAACGCGUCGGCCAGGACUACAAAGCCAAGGGCCCAGCUUGGAUUGACAAAUAAACCUUCAAGCUCCAGCUUGCAGGUGUCGCCCAAUUCUCCUCCCAUGUCCCCACAGUCCCCUCGACCGGUGUCUGUACGCAGGCUUCUCUCCAAAAUGAGUCUAUCUGGUUCAUACAAAGAAUCUGAUGAGGCCUCCAUCAUGUCCCUCAAGUCUCCAACCAACACUUCGCCAUCCUUGCUCAAGGACCGGGAUUCUGAUGUUGCGAGCGAAAGAGCUCUAUCAAUAUCCAGCAAGGGUUUCUUUUCCAGCUUCAGAAGGAACAGUUCCAAAAGAUCUGUUAGUUCUAGCUCUGGCCGAAAAGCCUCUCUGCCCCCGCCAACUCCCAGAGAGCGGGAGCCUACCAUCGCAGAAAAAACUGCAGAAGUUGUGAAAAAGGAACCUGCUCCCCAGAUCCCAGAUCUCCCUCAAACAUCUGUCUCCUCUUUUGACACCGAUUUAUUCAAGAACAUAUAA